CGCACCCACUCCUACUCCCCCUCUCUCCGCAAAGAACACGCGCACACUGCACAGCACGGCACGAGGAAGAGGAGGAAAAAAAGGGGACGGACGCAGAGAGGGAAGGAGACGCAAGGAAAGAGUCGCCGGCCGGGGCCAGGAGCGGAGACGGAGACCCCAACCGCCGGGAGAAAAGGAACGCUCCUCCGAUCGCUUCGUCCGCAAGGCAUCCCGUUCCCUCGCCGGCCCGGCCAGCCAACGGGCAUGGUAUGUGAUUGCAUCCUCGAUACAUGGUAUGCGGUCAACGAAACUUGAGCUCCUCUGUUCCAACUGCUGCUAUACGUCCUGGAAUUCGGAGGAGAAAAGCUCUGUGAACACUAAGCUUUGGGAAUGGAGUUGACCAACUCUGCCGAAUAAACUAGCCAAAUAGUCUUCUCUAUAUUCAUCUUCGUCAAUAAUAGAAAGAUUUUUUUUACUACCAUAUUUUCCUGCUUCGAUGGAAGUUCUUGAUAGUAAUGGUCACAGGGAAACAAGAAUGCAGAAUGCUGAAAAUCCAGCACCAGUUUCUGUUAAGAGUCCAGAUAUGUCCUUGGAAGUCCAAGAGAAGUUACCUCACAAUUUGGCAGAGCACCAGAAAGAAUUGACGUCUCCUGUAGGCCAUACUGUGAGUUCGUCACCGGAAAUGCUAUCCCACAUAAGACCAGCUCAGGCAUCAAAGGAGGAGGGAGAUCAUGCUAUUUUACCAAAUAAGACUGAAGCGAAAAACAUAUCUGAAAAUGGUUUUACCAGCGUGAAUACUAUGCCAGCAGCUGAAAUGAAAUCUAAAGAAAACAAUAUGAAUCAUCACAAGAACAUUGCCGUCGCCCAAGAAAAUAUAGUAAAAUCAGAAAAGGGAUCUGAAGGCUCAUACAGAGGUCUUGUUGACACUACUGCACCGUUUGAGUCUGUUAAAGAGGCUGUCACCAAAUUUGGAGGAAUUAUUGAUUGGAAAGCCUACAGGGCUAAAUCAUUAGAGAGACGCAGGGUCAUGCAACUUGAACUUGAAAAGGUUCAGCAGGAGAUUCCACAAUUCAAAGAAGACUGGGAAACUGCUGAGGUGGCCAAGUCACACGUGAUGGAGGAGCUAGAGAGAACUAGUAGACUUGUUGAGGAGUUGAAGCAUAAGCUGGAGAGGGCACAGCUUGAAGUGGACCAAGCAAAGCAAGAUUCUGAACUCGCCCUGCUUAGGGCACAAGAGAUGGAACAGGGGAUUGAUGAUGAAGCUAGUGUAAUAGCCCAAACGCAGAUGACAGUUGCCAAAGAAAGACAUCAAAAGGCUGUUGAGGAACUGAAAUUGCUGAAAGAGGAGUUAACAUCAAUGCACGAACAGUAUGCUGUCUUAGCAACUGAAAGGGAUGUAGCAAUAAAAAGGGCUGAGGAAGUUGUAGCUGCUGCGAAGGAUACUGAGAAACAAGUAGAGGAACUCACUUUAGAACUUAUUGCAUCCAAAGAGUCUCUCGAGGUAGCCCAUGCUUCACACCAUGAAGCUGAAGAGCACAGACUUGGGGCAGCUUUGGCGAAAGAGCAGGAUUGCCUGGCUUGGGAGAAAGAGCUGCAGCAGGUACAAGAGGAGCUGCACCAGCUCAACGAACAAAUUGUGUCCAAAGCUAAUGUGGAGGCCGAAAUUGAUGGAAAUGAGCACAAGCUGCUUAGCCUCAAAAGUGAGCUAGCUGCCUACGUGGAUAACAAAUUGAAUGAAGAAGCUGGAGUGAUCCAGGAGCAAGGUUCUGACGAAGCAAAAGAAAUUAGUAGGUCAAUCAAGCAAGCUCUAGUUUCAAAAAGAAAGGAGCUUGAUGAAUACAGAGGGAAAUUAGAAAAUGCAAAAACUGAAGCCAACUUAAUAAGAGUUAUUGCAGAAUCGCUCAGAUCAGAGCUUGAUAGGGAGAAAGCUUCACUUUCUACGUUGCAGCAGAGUGAGGGUAUGGCAUCCAUUACAGUCUCUUCUCUAGACGCCGAGCUCGAGAGAACAAAGCAAGAGAUAGAAAUGAUACAUAAGAAGGAAGCAGAAACCCGGGAGAAAAUGGCAGAACUUCCGAGGAUGUUGCAGCAAGCAGCCAAGGAGGCAGAAGAUGCCAAGAUGGCAGCUCAAUCGGCACAAGAAGAAUUGAGAAAGGCCAAGGAAGAAGCUGAACAAACCAAGGCUGCUGCGACAACUGCAGAUAUCAGAUUACGUGCAGUUUUGAAAGAAAUAGAGGCGUCUAAAGCAUCUGAGAGGCUAGCUGUAGUGGCAGCUCAAGCAAUGCAGGAGAGUGAGGAAACAGGAAGUGUUGGUGAUUCUCCUAGAGGAGUAACACUUCCUAUAAAUGAAUACCAUGCUCUGAGCAAGAGGGUUCAUGAAGCCGAAGAGGUUGCAAAUGAGAAGGUAGCAGCAGCCUUGGCACAGAUAGAGUUGGCAAAAGAGUCUGAAUCAAGGAGCCUAGAGAAGCUACAUGAAGCAUCCAAGGAGAUGGACGAAAAGAAGAGUGAUCUUCGAAUCGCACUGGAGAGGGCUGAGAAGGCAAACGAAGGGAAACUUGGCGCUGAGCAGGAGCUGAGAAGAUGGAGAGCGGAGCAUAUGCAGCGUCGGAAAGCCCAUGAAGCUACAAAACAUGCAGUUAGUACUGUGAGCACUCCACCAAGGACGUUUGACGAGCACAAGAGCUCUCACCAGGAAGAUGAUGUAUUCCUAACAGAUCCGAAGUUGCAUAGGUCAACUGGUAGUGUGGAUCAUUUUGUCUCGGAUGAGAAGGUACAAAAAGGUAGUGUGGAUCAUUUUGUCUCGGAUGAGAAGGUACAAAAAAAGAAGUCGUUCUUCCCUCAGCUGUCCACACUUUUGUCUAGAAAGGCACAAACACAAACAUAAAACUGAUUGUGCAAAAAGAAAUAGGUUUAUGUACCUUUGUAAAAUGUACAUGGUGUAAAGUUUAUUGUUCACGCCCUGUAAAUUGUUUGAAACUUGAAGAUUGUAUGUCUUUGUAUGAUGUUUUGAAUAGAAUGUUGUUGCUCAAAUCUUGCUUUGGUU